AAAGGUAUUUAGAAUUCUUAUUUUUUUUUCCUCUUCUUUAAGAAAAUUUUAUUUUAUUUAGGUAAACCAUUGAUUUAUAUACAAGAAUCAAAACAAUAUAAUCGAUUAUUUGAAUGUCAAGUUUAUUCAUCUACUCCAAUACUUAGGAUAACUUGGAGAUUGAAUGAUCAACCUAUUGAAUCUUCUGAUCAAUUAUCUAUAUCAACUACAUGUAAUGAUUAUAGUUGUAUAUCAAAAUUAAUCUAUGAUUAUCCUAGAAUAAUUCCAACAUCAAAAACACUUAAUCGUUUAUCAUGUAUAGGAGAAAAUGAAUUUGGUAUUGAACAAAGUCGUCUUUAUCAAAUGGAUACAUCUGAUGAUCCAACUAUAAUUUUAGUCACAAUUAUAUUAAUUACAUUUGUUUUAAUAAUUUUUUUUUCUAUUACUGCUAUUUGUUGUUGUUGUCGUGUAAGACGAAUUAAAAAAAAACAUAAAUGUUUAAAUAAUAAAAAACUUCCUAUUGUUUAUGAUGAACAUUAUUCAAUUAAUGAACUUAUUAAAGAAGUUGGAUCUUUAAGAACAUGUAAUAAUUUAAUGAAUAAUAUUGAUAAAUUAUCAUUACAAAUGGAAUCAACAGGUUAG